CGCCACUAUGUUAAGCCGCACUUUCUAUAACUUUCAGGCUCAACCUACCUUUCGGCGUUCCGUCCCAGUCGCCGCUUCCAAGCGCCCUGCCCAAACAACUCCGGGGUUUAACCUUCCUGACCGCUCGUCACGCAAGAAGAUGUCCGCCGCCGCUGAGGUGCUUGCUCGCAACCAGGAGCUGCUCACCGCCAUUGCGGCGGGUAACUAUGAGAAGUAUGCGACCAUGUGCGACCCCUCCAUGACCUGCUUUGAGCCGGAGGCGGUGGGCCACCUGGUUGAGGGCCUGGAUUUCCACAAAUACUACUUCACCAUGCCCUCCGCGCCGCCCGCACCCGACGCCCCCAAGCCGCACGUGCUCAACACCAUGGCCAGCCCGCACGUCCGCAUGGUUGGCGACAGCUGCGCCGUCGUGUCGUACAUCCGCCUCACGCAGAAGAUGGUAAACGGCGCCCCGGUGACGGUGCAGGCCGAGGAGACCCGCGUGUGGGAGAAGAAGGACGGCGGCUGGAUCCAUGUGCACAUGCACCGCUCGCUGGUCAAGUAAUUAUGUCAAAGGGCAUGCGGAGAAAUUUGUGCGUUGAAGUGAUGAUAUCGCGCUAGCAGGGAUGCAGGUCGGUAGGCGUGCAGGGCAUGCGCGGCGUUGUACGGGACUCGGGUGGCGUUGGAAGUGUGGCUGAUGUGGGGAUGGGCAGGCCCGGUAGGCGGGAUGGCGCGGUGUGCGUGCGUGGGCUACGCAAGUGGCUAAACAAGCUUGAUGACAUCAGGGGGGCCGCCAGCUGCCGCGGGCGUGUCAAGGAGGCGUCGCUCGUCGUUUUAAGUGAUGCCGGAGGUCAGGGUGUUGCGCUGAGGAGUUGAGGGCGGUGGCGAUGAAUCCCCUGCCUACAAUCGUAGCAAGCGUGCUGCGGCGUAACAGCUACGCUGCUGCUGGAGGCACGGCGGAGUUAACAAGAUAUCUUCCCUCGCAUG